AUGAAUCUGUCAGCCACGUCUGCUGUACGAAGAAACUCAUUAUUUUCAAACCCCUAGGGAUCAUCCCAUGAUGGAUCUAUCCCUUCUCAAGAUGAUAACGAUUAGAAUUCUUAUGAUUCAAUACAUUAGCAAAAAGAUAGAAUUAGAGAUUAAGAACCAAAUGAUUAAAAUUCUUUGUCUAAUUCUAGACUGGUUGUGGCAGAGGACAAUAUUGGGAGUGAUCUACUCGUAAACUAUAAGGAAAGUAUGCCUGAGCAUCUUAAAGAAAACUAUUACUACUAGAAAUAAAAGAGUUAUGAAUAGUACAAUCCAGAUAUAGAUCAAAGGACUUUGAGAGUACUAAAAUCAGGAGGGUUUUGCUCUUAGUUGAUGACGAACCUAACAUACCUACUUAAUGAUAUGAGGAAAAGAGACAGGCAGUUCCAAAUCGGAUUGAUCUCAGUAUUCAUGGUGGUUGCCUUUACCACUCUUUUAACUGCCUUUGUGAACAGUACCCCAUCACUAUUCUUUAUGGUUGCUCAGUCCAAUUCAGGAGAUUUUGAUAUCACUCUCACUGCUCUCGCUUAAGACAGUCAGUAUGAAUCUGGCAACACUAACUUCUACCUCGAUUCUGCUAAAAUGUUUGAAAAAUCUGGUGUCUCUGACUAAUACAGCGAUUCUUAACCAAGAUAGUAUACAGUUGCCUCAAUGAUAGGGGGGUAAUAGCUGCCCUUACUUAAUCUCACUGCAAUAAACAGAGAGAUAAAAGAUAUUAGUGAGAUUGACGGAGCCUAUCCAAGAUGGAUAGCCUUAGCCUAGGUUGCUUGUCCAAAAAGCCCCGAACUCGGUGACACUGGUUCAUUCAUUGCCUAUGGAGAUUAAAAGCUAGAAAGAGACCUAGGUGUGUCUAAUGGGUUCCCUACUAAUCUCAUGGGAAAGGACGACGCCAUUGUUUCAAGAGAUUUACUUGAUAUUUUUGGAAUUGAAGUUGGAGAUCAGAUUCUAAUAAAAUAUGAAUUCUUAAGCUUUUUACCAGCUAGGUAUGACAUUUUCUCAACUAUUAUCUUUGAUCAAAUUCCUGAGGACCUCAACAAAUAGAACCUAACUAGAGGAUAACUCUUCUUGCAGACACUCAACUUGAAGCCAGACAUUAAAUUCUCAGAGUUUAGAGCCUAUGUUAAUAGAACAUAGGGACCCUAGACAUAUAUACUGGUUACUAAUACUGCACUUUUACUUGGGUACAAUGAUAACACCCCUAUUUCAGUAAUACUUGAGGACUUUUUCAGAUAGGUUUAAAGAGAAGACUUUAUUCUUCAAAAGAAUUAUACUGUUAUAGCUGAAGUGACCAAUACCUUUGGUAAGUGGCCAAGAGCUUUUGGAAAUGCUGUCUUUAUGGACUCAAACUACCUUUUUGAAAACUUCAUAGAGAUGCUUUAUAAAAAUACAGUUAGGCUUUCUGAAAGAAAUGGUUAUAGCAUGAAUAUGCUAAUCAGAACUGAAGAUAUCUUUGCCUAUCUUAAGGACUUCCUACAGAAUUAAACAAUAAGUGAGUAUGCAAUGACUGUGAAUAUGCAGAUCAAAGAUAGAAUGAUGAAGUAUAACUAAGAUGGUGGCACUGAGAUCAUGGAUUCUAUUAUCUUAGCCUAUCAAAAGUAAACUCUAUUUGAGACUAGUUCAGGCAUUCUAAGUAUUCAAGAAAAGACAAAGAAUAUAUCGAUGAUGAAAGCUAUGCUUACAGCUCUAUUCAUCAAUAUCAUUUUCUUUAUCUUCGUUCUAGCUUUUAUCCUUAAUCAAUCUCUUGUCCAAUCGGAUGUUGAGGAAAGGACAUAUGAAUUUGCGAUGUUGAGGACUUUGGGAUAUUAGAAAAGAUAGCUGGUACAAUUGCUCUCUUUCCAAACUUUGUUCUUUUCAGUUCCAGGCUCAAUCAUCGGCUUCAUAGUGAUGAUCCUUGCUCUUAUUCCGUUGAUAUCUAAUUUUCUGCCUGUUAGAUAAGCAAUGGCUAAAUCAUUAAGAGAUUCAUUAGAUGUCUACAGAAAAUCAAUUGAUGAUAUAACUGUUACGAUGACUAAGAUUGAAAAUAUGGGAAUCUCACCAAUGCAGAUGCUCAUUGGAAUAACUUUAACCAUUUUUGGGUUCGUAGUAUACUACUUUAUCCCUUAGUCAAUCAUGAAUAUGAAUUACGAUCUGUUUUUCUUGCUUAUUCUCUCAGUUCUGUUCACAAUGGUCAUUGGCAUGUCCUUAAUAAGUCAAUCCUUUGUCAGUCCAAUAGAGAGAUUUGUUAUUGCUCUAAUAAUUUUCUGCAAACCAGGGGAUAGGAAACUUAAAGCAAUCUUGUACAAAAAUUUAAGAUCGCAUAAGAUCAGAAACAUGAAAACAUCCUUGAUGUUCACAAUGACAAUCUGCUUCCUAAUGUACUCGAGCACCAGUUUUGCUGAGUUGGAGUAUAUGAUGUUUUCACUUACUGGAGCUAUUAUUGGAGCUGAUAUCGCUUUGUUUAGAUCUACUUCAAUCGGAGGUUAAACUGUAAACGAAAUCUUGGUUAGUCCAGAGGGUUCAGACUUGAAAAUAAAACUAGGUGUUAAAGGCCAGCAAAAUUUCAAAGUAAAGGUUUAUGGUAUGCCUCGUGAUCAUCUUGAGAUUUAAACUACUGAGUAUUUCUACCCCACCUAAGUAUGGGAUGGUUACUCAGUCAUGAACAAAACCUAUCAAUCAAAUGAAGCAAUGCACCUUAUGUAUGACCUUGGAAAUUACAGUAUAGUAAACCAAUAUGAAGACUCUUUACAAAUAAGAAGUAACAUCGAUAGUUCUUAAAGAGAACAAUUCAAGGUAGAUGACACCAUCAUAAAUGUUAUUAUCCCAGAGGCAUUUGUUGGUAUUUUACCCAUCAAAGCAGGUGAGGAGAUGGAGCUAUGCAUGAAUGACGACUGUAAACUAUCUUUCAGAGCAAGAGUAGUAGCAACAAUCAGAAGAAUUCCCGGUCUAUUCGAUGUCUCAGGCUAUACUCCAACUGUAUAUAUGUCACCAGGAGUCGUCAUAUCUUAUGAUCAAAUGAAUGUAAUGAUUAAUGAAUACAUUUCAAGAAAUCCUGAAGCUAAAACAUAGUAUGAAAGCUAUAUGGCCUCAUAACCAACUUAGACUUCCUACAAUAUACCAAAGAAAUCAGUGUACGUUAAAAUCAGAGAAGAUGCUGAAACCAAGGAUAUCAACAAAAUCAAGAAUAGCAUGGUAAAGAUUGCUGGAGAGACUAAUGUAUUUGCCUUUGAUGUCAGAUAGUUUAACAAGAGUUUGAAAGAGUACAUGGUGAUUAUGUAUCUAAUGAGCAACAUUAUUGCUACUAUACUUUUUAUAUUGACAUUCUUCCAAUUGAUUGUUUCUAUUUCAAGUAACAUCAGAGACGAUGAAUGGGAACUUGGAGUACUAAGAGCGAUUGGAUUGUAGAAAUCAGACAUAGUAAAGUUGACAUUAUACGAGUCAAUAGCCAAUAUGUUCACAUCAAGCGUCCUUGGAUUUAUUAUCGGUAUCAUUAGUGCUACAGCCAUGGCAGCUUUAUUCCUAGCCAUCGUUGAAUUGCCUUUGAACUUGAUUUUGUCCUUCCAAUCAAUAAUAUUGAUGCUAUUUAUGACAAUGUUCACUAUAAUAGUGGGCACAUAUCUCGGAACUAAGCAAAUAAAUAGCAAGUCAAUAACUUCUGUGCUUAAAGGCGUUUGA